AAGCACAUUUUGCCGGAGCUCGUGAUUUGAUUUUUCUGGUAACAAUGGCGGAUUCCGUAAACUGCGAUAGCAGGAGAAGUAGUAGGCUGCUGAAUCCCUGGGUUCUCAAUUUUCAAAAGCUGGGUUUGGAGUUCAAAUGCCCUCUCUGCUUAAGUUUGCUCAAUCGACCGACGCUGCUUCCAUGCAAUCACGUUUUCUGCAAGUCUUGUUUACCCGGUUCAACUCAGUUUGGUGUGGAUUGCCCUGUCUGUAAAACCCACUGUGUUGGUAGAGAUCUGAGGCAUUUGCCUUUUAUGGAAAAUAUGGUAACAAUCUAUAGAUGUUUGGAUGCCACUUUCUCUGCCAAAUUGUUUCAGCCCGCUCACUCAGAUGCUGAGAGGGUCUCAAUGCAAAGCCCAGCUUCGACAAAUAUCAGGUUUGGCGAUCAAAUGAACGAGGAAUUACCUGAAAACGGUCAAGGGGAUAAUUCAGGGAGUGGACAAUCUGUUGACAAGCAAAUUGGUGUUGACAAGAGUGGAAAAGUUGAAAACUUUAUUCGAGAAUGUAAGAGGAAUGAUAAAGGGUUGAAACACAGUGGUGAAGAGUGUACAACUGUGGAAAUAUAUAUGAAUCCCGUCUCACAAUCAUUACCAGAUAGCCCUCCUUCAUUUGGUGACGCUAGAGGUUCAGAUAAUGACGGCUAUUAUCGUUGCAGCGAGCAUAGCUCAGAAAAUUCUUUGGCUAAAAGACCAAGCCAAGACAAUGAUGGUUCUAAAAUAGGGAAGCUUAGGACUGACAGUGCUGGCUUUGGAAAGGAUGGUAAUCUUAGGGAAGUAAAGAGACAGAAGCAACUGAACUAUGGGGUAUUACAGUUGAGUGGGAGCAGUGCUGUUCACUUCCAAGAUGUUUCCAAGUUUGGAGCUUUGAUGACCAAUUCAGAGAGUAAACUUCAAAUGAUAUCACAACCUAGUGUGCAGGCACCUAAAAUUUUGGAUGGCCAGCUUGUAAAUAAAACUACUUGUGCAUUUUGCCAUUCCUCUGAUAUCUCAGAGAAUACAGGGACAAUGUUACAUUAUUCUAGUGGGAAGUUGGUACUGGGUGAUGAGGCAACGCUUCCAAAUGUCAUACAUGUUCACAAAGUGUGCAUUGACUGGGCUCCGCAAGUGUACUAUGUUGAUGAUGAUAGAGUUGAGAAUUUGAAGGAAGAAUUGGCAAGGGGUGCAAAGCUCAGGUGUUCUACAUGUGGGCACAAAGGAGCAGCUUUGGGAUGCUAUGUGAGAUCCUGUCGGAAAAGCUAUCACGUUCCUUGUGCAAUGGGGAUCUCAAAAUGUCGUUGGGAUUAUGAAGACUUUCUAAUUCUCUGUCCAGCUCAUUCUUCAGUUAGAUUCCCUAGUGAGAAGCCCAAGUCUCGGAAAAUUAUCGCUAAAGAUCACACCUUACCUGCUAUAGCGAGCUGUCAGCUGUCCAAUUUUGUGCCUUCUCUAGAUGGAGAGAAGAAAAUGGUUUUUUGUGGUUCUGCUUUGUCUACAGACGAGAAGGCUCUUUUGGUCAAGUAUGGGAAGAUGAGCGGUGCCACUGUCUCCAAGUUUUGGAACCCAAAUGUAACACAUGUGAUUGCAGCCACAGAUGAUAAGGAUGCAUGCACGCGGACGUUGAAAUUUCUCAUGGCAAUUUUGAAUGGAAGAUGGAUUGUUAAAGUUGACUGGCUAAGGGCAUGCAUGGAGGCAAAUUGUCAUGUGAAUGAAGAACCUUAUGAAGUUUGUCUUGAUAACCAUGGGUGCUGUGAUGGUCCAAAGAAUGGCAGGCUCAGAGCAUCAGAUAAUGCACCAAAGCUUUUUAGUGGCUUGAACUUCUAUUUGGUAGGUGAUUUUCUGCCGUCUUACAAGGAAGAUCUCCAAGAUUUGGUGACAGCCGCAGGAGGGACCGUCUUGAGAAGCAGGGAAGAACUCGUUGCACGAAGUAGCAAAGAGGCAGCUCCAACACCACGGGCAUUAGUUGUAUACAACAUCGACCCGCUAGAAGGGUGCAGAUUAGGGGAAGAAGUUGCAAUCCUGUUCCAAAGGUUAAGUGAGGCAGAGGAUGCAGCUUCCCAAACUGGAUCCAAAGUCAUUGGUCACACUUGGCUGUUGGAGUCCAUUGCAGGAUACAAGUUGCUGCCUAUUGUCACCUAAAACAAGCAUUUUUAACCAAGUGGGAAUUCUUUUGCUGGUCAUAGUUAAAGGAAGUUGAUUCCUAGCAACAAAAAAAAAAAAAAAAAAAAAGAAUUAAGUUAGGACCCUAACCCAGGCCUCUUAUCUAUUCUUUUGCUAAACCCUGUAACUUGUUAUCGAUAAAUAAAGAACCUGUAAUCCAUUAGCUAUAUGUAAAAAGACGGCAUGUCGUUUAGUGAUAAACGACAACACUUUUUCUCAUGGAUUGGAAAGACAGCAAAGUACUGUUUCACCAACUUCAA